AUGUCUGUGCCUGAUCUUGUUCUGGACCCACAGCUCACGCUUUGGGUUCUAUUCCCUAUUCUCUUUGUCAUGAUUCUGUUUGGUGUGUGCCGACAUUAUGCCAGUUUGCUCAUCACCAGCAAACCCAAGCGCCAGGAACUCAAGGCUGUGCGCGAACAACAGUUUCUCGUCUACGCACAAAGUCUGCGUACAAACGGUGUGAAUCUUAGUGAUGAAUCGCUGGCACAGCGAAUUGCGUACCAGUCUGAGCAGCUCAAAAAGGGUGCUUAUUUGAAGAACCCAGAUGCGCAACCCAAUGCACCCCCAAGUCUCUCUGACCCUUCGAGUAUGGAGGGUAUGAUGGGAAUGAUUAAGUCGCAGGCGCUUAACUUUGUCCCACAAACCAUUAUGAUGACUUGGGUGAAUGCUUUGUUUUCAGGUUUUGUUUUGAUGAAACUGCCUUUCCCGUUGACUAUUAGAUUUAAGUCCAUGCUUCAAUCUGGUGUAGCUACGCCUGAUCUUGACGUGCGAUGGGUUUCUGCCGUGUCGUGGUACGUGCUCAACUUGAUUGGUCUCAAGUCAGUGUUUGCGUUACUUCUGGGCAAUGACAACACUGCUGGGGGUCUGCAAAACCAGGCUACUCCUGCAAUGCCUCAGUUGGGCACUCCAGGUUUGGAUCCCAGCAAACUUUUCAUUGCUGAAGCUGAGAACUUGCAAUUGACUGUUCCUGAGAGCUUGCUUAAUGGCAUUGAAAGUAGACUUCUUAGAAAGUACUCCGUUCCUUUGAAUUAA